AUGGUGCAUGAAGAUCAAUUGAGUGACUUGAGGCUUCAAUUUCAAGCUCUACAGAAACAGCGGGAGAGCAAAAAACUGGAGAGGAAAAUGGAGAAAGAACCAAAUAAGCUUGAUAUCAGUGACACUCUGGAUAAUGUAAAUCUGCAAAAUAUUCAGCCAGACACUGACAGGUAGGUGCUGUGUAAGAGUCAGGCAUUUCUAGACCAGUUGCGAGAGUUAAAGGAUGAAAAUGGUCGGCUCUUCAAACUUCUGAGUGAAAAGGAUUUUGAAAUUAAACACCUGAAAAAGAAACGAGAAGAAGAAAGACUAACCUUUGCAGGUACAGCAGACUUGGCUGGAGCUGUUGCUUCCACCAAGAUUGUUGAACUGGCUAGGAAGAAUAGAGAGCUAAUGGCUGAAAUUGAGCAAGAGAAGAUUAGAUCCAAGCAAAACAGCAACAGAAUCAAAGAACUUGAGAAAGAGCUGCAAGCUUCUUUGGCUCAAUCUCAGCCUGGGACAGACAAGACAGAGAAAAAGUCACAAUAUAAGACCUUAUGUGAAGACCAUGAGGAAAAGCCACUGGUCAAAUCUCUUAAAGAGAAAUUAGCAGCUGCGCAACUGAAAGUGAAUGAAUAUCGGAACCAGCUUCAGUCCACCAAACAGGAGUUGAAAGUCGCUCAGAAGGUAUUGACGCAAGAGUUUGGAGAGGAAGUCAAUCUCAGGCAAUUAUUAAGCUGCCCAGGGAGCAUCAGAUGUCGGUCACAGCAAAUACUGGCUCUUCAGACAAGGGUGCGGGACCUUGAGCAGCAGGUCGUCCAGGCGACUCAGCAUAGACAGCAGAGUCUCCAAAGCUCAGACGAAGAGAUUCUUGACAUGGGUGUCCUUCAGAAAAACUCUCCCAAAAAAAGGAAUCUCCGCUACAUUCGCACUAUGGAGAAAGAGAAGAAGGAAGCAUUUGAGAGGAUUUCUGCAGACUAUGAGGCCCUUUUGAAAGAACAUGAAGAUGUGAGGAAAAAACUGGAAGCCACUAAAGCCAGGAGCAGAUAUCAGUCCAGCGAAAUCCAAACUCUAAAGGUCCAGAUCUCCACCUUGGUGGAGAAGGAAAAACACGGUGAUAAGCUAAUGGAUGCCCUCCUGGAGGAGUACAGCCAAAUGCAAACUGCCCAGAAACAUCUUAGCCAACAACAGAGCAAGGAACCACAAAGAAGCAGGAGAAAACAUCUGAGCAAUGAUUCCUCAGAGCACAACGCUCUCGUAGAAAGGCUGACACAGAUGGAUGGUGAGAAAGAGGGUAAGAUUAAAAAGCUCCGAGAAAUCCUGCAAUUCCUCAAAAAGCAUUUCCAGGAAGAGAGUGUGGACCCACAAUCAAGACGCAAGCUAACUAUGUGCAGUUCAAACAUUUCCCCACAAGAUGGAGACAUUACCAACAGAAUGACUUCUCCAGGUGCGGUGUCUAAACUCGGUCAUAAACUGGUGCUACCCACAGUGUGCAGUGGUGCAGAAUUCAAGGGCCAGAGUUCUUCAACUUGUCUACAAUGUUCUGCUGACGUGAGUGGACUUAUAACCCAGAGUAAUGAAUAUAAAAUCCUCACUGUGGAGAGGGACAGACUCCUUGAGCUGGUCAAAGUCCUACAGAAAAAAGAAAAUGAGAUGAACCAGAUAUGUUCGGAGAAACAGCAGAAGUACCAGGAGGAGCGCCGUAAGAUGGUGAUCCUGGAGCAGCAGCUGGAGAGAGCAAAAAUAGAUUCAAAGUAAAGACUACACAAACAGCAUGGUUAGGAGCAGGUUGGCAGUAGUCUUGGAGCAACAGGAGGUGUCCACAGACCAGCUGAACACACUGUCAAACAGCUGACAUUUGUAAAUAUUUUUUUCUAACUCUGACAACAUUGUAGAUGCCUUGAGCUGGUCCUGAAACCAAACACGGUAGAUUUUCCAACUAUAAAAAUUUAAUCAGG